GAUUUCUUGAUAUUCGACACAUGGGGAGGGAGAUUACGAGGCCAAAUGUGAUUUAUUAUCUCGCAGUGCUCUGUCUGACUGGACGUGAACUCCUGCACGACACUGCCUGGCUCCCAGAAGCGUCUCCGGAGAUUUACGAAGGAAACACGAUGAGGCCAAAUCACGCCUUCGUGUUCACCAGAACCUUCGCACACUUUUUCCCCCCCUGCGCUCCCGCUACAAAGCGGAAGUUGUAACAUAAGCACCCGGUGGGCCCGUUUGGAUGUGUCCCCGGAAAAAGCGAGCAACCUUGUAAGAUAAACCGGGGCGGAGGAGAAACGCAGCUUCUCCUUCUUUUUCUUGGACUGCUGACGCGUCCAGCGGGGCCGUGGGGGAGACGCCGCUUUCCACCAUGUUACUGCACUUUCUAGCUCUGGGGGCCUUGGUUUUCCUCGCCGACGGCUACUUUUCGGAGGAAAUGUACCCGGAGGAGUCGAAGAUGCAGCCUCCCACGGUGGUCGUCGUCAUUUUAGCCAGGAACAGCGCUCAUUCCCUGCCGUACUACCUCGGAGCUCUGGAGAGGCUCAACUACCCCAAAGAUCGCAUCUCCGUGUGGGCGGCCACGGAUCACAACACUGACAACACCACGGCCAUCCUCAAAGAGUGGCUCACCGUCAUGCAGAAGUUCUACCAUUACGUCGAGUGGAGACCAAUGGAGAAGCCCACGUCCUACGCAGGAGAGUUGGGUCCCAAGCAUUGGCCCAACAGCAGAUACGAGUAUGUGAUGAAGCUGAAGCAGGCGGCGCUCAACUUCGCCAGGAAACAGUGGGCCGAUUACAUCCUGUACGCCGACACAGACAAUAUCCUCACCAACCCCGAAACCCUCAACCUGAUGAUGGCCGAGAACAAGUCGGCCGUCGCCCCCAUGCUGGACUCUCAGGGAGCGUACUCCAACUACUGGUGCGGCAUCACUCCACAGGGUUAUUACCGCCGAACGGCCGAGUAUUUCCCAACGCGCCAUCGUCACAGGCUGGGUUGCUUCCCGGUGCCCAUGAUCCACUCCACCGUGCUGUUGGAUUUAAGGAAGGAAGGCAUGAAGAAACUGGCCUUCUUCCCUCCUCACAAGGACUACUCGUGGCCCUACGACGACAUCAUCGUGUUCGCCUUCUCCUGCCGCGCUGCAGAGGUGCAGAUGUAUCUGUGCAACAAGGAGCGCUACGGCUACCUGAACGUCCCGGCCAAACCGCACCAGAGCGUGGAAGAAGAUCGUCUCAACUUUGUCCAUGUCCAACUUGAGUCCUUGAUCGAUGGUCCUCCGAUGCGCCCCUCAAGAUACGUCCAUAUGUUCCCCAAACAGAGAGACCUCAUGGGCUUUGAUGAGAUAUAUCUGAUUAAUCUGCGGCGGCGUCCCGACCGCAGGGAGCGGAUGCUGCUCUCUCUGAACGAGCUCGAGAUCGACGUCAAAGUGGUCGACGCCGUGGAUGGGAAUGCACUGAACAGCAGUGACAUUAAGCUCCUGGGUGUUGACCUGCUGCCGGGCUACUACGACCCGUUCUCCGGACGCACCCUCACUAAAGGAGAGGUGGGCUGCUUCCUCAGCCACUACUUCAUCUGGAAGGAGAUGGUGGACCUGCAGAUGGACAAGGCAGUCGUCUUUGAAGACGACGUUCGUUUCCAAGCCAACUUCAAACGACGAGUCCUCACGCUCAUGGAGGAGGUGGAGCAGGCGGAGCUGGACUGGGACAUCAUAUACUUUGGCAGGAAGCAGGUGAAUCCUGUAACGGAGGAGGCAGUGGAGAACAUUCACAACCUGGCAAUAGCCGGCUACUCGCAUUGGACUCUGUCCUACGCCAUCUCCCUGCAGGGAGCCCAGAAACUGCUCAACGCAGAGCCGCUGUCCAAGAUGCUCCCCGUCGAUGAAUUCCUGCCCAUCAUGUAUGACCAGCAUCCCAAUGAGGACUACAAGUCCCAUUUCCCCAACAGAAAUAUACAAGCCUUCAGCACGCGCCCCCUUGUGGUGCAGCCGUGCCACUACGCCGGCGAUGCCCAGUGGGUCAGCGACACCGAGACUUCGACUCUGUGGGACGAUGACACGGUACGCACCGACUGGAGGGGCUCCCACAAGACCCUGAAAGGGGCGCCGCCGCCCGCCGACGUGCUGUCAGCGUCCUACAAGGACGAACUUUAGCUGCUGCGAGGCAGUCGCAACUGCGGAGGACCUGAAGGUUAAAAGGCCACGAGGUCAGAGAGACCGAUGCUGAGGAGAGAUGAUUUUUCCCCAGUUUUAUGUACAACUUAACAGCAAAUGUGUGGCUUAGGAGGAUAUUUUUUUUUAAUCGAAAACAACAUCAGGGAGAGUCUUAAGUGUGGUGGUUUGUAAAGAAAUGUCUUUUAAUACGUGCACAGAUGUCAGACAACCCUCUCUCACUCUUUUUUCAUCUUUUAUUGAGGCAUUUUAAUAUGAUGAGAAUGGAUACAGUUGGCAUGGCUGACAACAGAAGCAUUUUUUUAACGUAUGCUAGUAUUGGUUUGAGUGCUCGUGAUUGGAUUCCUAUAAUAUUAAUUGGACAGCAUUUUAAAAGCGGUAACUUGACAGGAUCUUUUGUGUGCUGACUGAGGCUUCAGUAGCUGCACUGUUCACAAGUCUGCUGUUGGUAUCGGUUGUAUUGUUUUCUCCCCCUGUUAUUGUUCAUUUUUUUCAUUCAUUCAUUGACUCAUUAGACUAUCUUUUCUUUGUCUGUGUUUUACAUGUUUUUUACAUUUAGCCAAGGAAAUUUGAUUUUUAGGUCAGUUUGUUUUGGGUUUUUUUAAGCUUUAAAAAGCUUUUUCUAAAGUAUCAAAAUGGUAUUAAUUUAGACUAGAAUAUAAAUAAUAUAAUCCAUUAUUCUUGAGCUAAAACUACAAAAUAUACACACACCAAUUUUGGAACCAGUCAACAGGAUCAGAUUCGGGUGCGAGUUACAAGUAUAUAUUCUUAGUAUUAUAACACUCCACAACUAGUGAGUGUACAUGUGUGUCAUGUUUAUAAUAUACUGUGAUUACCAUGUACCACAUAUUUUCUAAUAAGAAAUUCAAAUUGGAAACUGUUUCGUGAACCAAUGAACCAAUGAAUGUUGAGAUGUGAAUUCCUGGUAAGUACCGUUACUGCAAUUAAAUUGCAACUGUAAUCCAGUAGAAAAGCCUUAUUCACUCUUAAGGCAUCACUGGGACCCUUAAAUCUUCAAAUGUUUGGAAAGAUGCACAGUGUAGCAAUGCAGGUAGCUGAUGAUGUUAUUUUGAUGCCUCUUGAGGAUUUAAAUCAUGUUGAUCAGUUAAGUGCUAAGCAAGUCAUCUUUUCCUUCUGUCUUAAUUUAUUUGUCGAGUGUUUCUUGAUAAAGUUGACGGAUGAGUCACAAGACGUGACGCAAAGAAAGCAAAUUUCCAUUGCUUUUCUGGCAAAAGCCUCUGUGUUUGUGUCUUUGUGCAAUACAUCUGUAUUCAGAUGUUAUAUCAUGCUGGGAAAGUUGUAUUGCAAUGUUUUCUGACAAAUUGUUUUUAUUAUGUCAUUGAGUUUUGUAUCCGUUAAUAAACUUUCUGUUGAUAGAGAA